GCAGCAUCCGGUUUAAUAUUUGGUUUUAUUAACCAAUUCAAAAUCUACACGUAAACCAUGAUGUAAUGAUUUAAUUAAUCAUCAAAAUUAGAUUUAGAAAAUUUCCAUAUUCGCUAAAAAGCUCAAACCUUUCUGAGCUUUUUCCGAUUUUAAUCUGAAAAGUGAAAAAUUCACAACAACAACAACAACAAAAGCAACGAUUUUUAUCAGUUUUGUCCUCUCUGUUUUGUUUUACGGUUCAGCUUUGGUUUAUUUUAAAUCCCUAUGCCGUCACGUUCAUUCUUGGCGCCGGCUCCGGCGACUCUAUCACCAUCGCAAGAUAAGACAACUCGAAACAUAUCCGGAGCCGGCGCCGGUUUCUCUUUCUUCUUAGCUCUCUCCGUCUGUUUCUGCAAGUUCAGCCGGAAACGUUCAUCAUCAUCAUCAUCACCUCCGCCGGCGGAAAACGUUUCCUCUUCCACUCGGAAACCGCCGCCACGUGAGUUUUCCUACUCGACUCUCCGUCGCGCAACCGGCUCUUUCUCGCCGGCGAAUAAGCUAGGUCAAGGCGGAUUCGGCGUUGUAUUCCGAGGAACUAUCUCCGGCGGCGAGAAUGUAGCCGUCAAGGUAAUGGAUUCAGGAUCUCUCCAAGGAGAAGGUGAGUUUCAGAACGAGUUGUUCUUCGCCUCCAAGCUUGACUCGCCUCACGUUGUCCCUGUCCUUGGCUUCUCACACGAUCGAAAACGACGACGUUUGCUUCUUGUCUACAAGCUCAUGGGUAAUGGUAAUCUCCAGGACGCUCUGCUUCACCGGAGAUGCCCUGAGCUUAUGGAUUGGAAUCGGAGACUUUUGGUUGCUGUUAACAUUGCGGAAGGGAUUGAGCAUCUUCAUAGUCUUGAACCACCUGUGAUUCAUGGUGAUAUUAAGCCUAGUAAUGUUUUGUUAGAUCAUCUCUUCUCAGCUAAGAUCGCUGAUUUUGGUUUGGCUAGGUUAAAACCAGAGCAAGUUGAGAUCAGUGUUGCGCCGGAGCGUGAUGGUGGUGAUGGUUCUAUGGUUGAAGAAGUAGAGAGUGUUGCAACUAAUGUGACUGGUUUUGAAGAUUUUAACUUUGGGUUGGUUGAUCAGUCGCCGGAGAGUGUUGUUGCUAAGGUUCCUGGUUCUGUGAGUGGUUCGCCUGAGACGACUACGGUUGUCUCUGUUUCCCCUGAGGAUGGUGGUGGUAGUGUGGUGAUAAAGAAAGGUAAAGAGGUUGAGAGCAAAGAGUGGUGGUGGAAGCAGGAAGGUAAUGUUGAAAGAGGGAAAGUGAAAGAGUAUGUGAUGCAAUGGAUUGGUUCUGAGGUUAAGAAAGAGAGACCGAGUAGUAUGGAUUGGAUUGAGGCGUCAAGUAAGAAACUUGAGAAGAAGACUAGCAAAAGACUUGAUUGGUGGCUUUCAUUGGAGGAAGAGGAUGAGAAGAAGAAGAAGAAAAAGAAGAAGCGGAGGAUGGUUAGAGAGUGGUGGAAAGAUGAGUAUCGUAGAGAACUCUCUAAGAAGAAGAAGAAGAAGAAGGAGAAGAAUACGUUGGAAUCUGAAUUUUGUAGUGAUGAUGGGAGUAGUAGUGUGAGUCAAUGGAGGCGUGGUAGUGGUAGUAGCAUAGAUUGGUGGUUAGAUGGGUUAAGUGGUGAUAAGUGGUCGAGAGGACGAGGAAAUAGCCAUGACUCGGUGAGCGGUGAGAUAGCUAAGAGCUGUGGAGUUAGUAGCACGCCGAGCAUGAGAGGAACCGUGUGUUAUGCAGCUCCUGAGUAUUGUAACUUAGAUAACAACGUGUCUGAGAAAUGUGAUGUUUAUAGCUAUGGUGUUCUGUUGUUGGUUCUGAUUUCUGGGAGACGUCCGUUGGAGAUGACGGGAUCUGCUAGUGAGAUCCAACGGGCAAACCUUAUGUCUUGGGCUAGGAAGCUGGCGAGAAGAGGGAAACUUGUUGAUCUUGUGGACCAAAAGUUGCAAAAUUUGGAUCAAGAACAAGCAGUGUUGUGCAUUAAGGUUGCUUUGCUUUGUCUGCAAAGAUUCCCGGUUUCACGACCGUCGAUGAAAGAGGUUGUGGGGAUGCUUAAAGGAGAAGUAAGUUUGCCGGAGUUGCCUACUGAGUUCUCACCAUCGCCACCUUUCAAAACUACGAGGAAGCAGCACCGUUGAUUAACUUAGGAAUCACUUUGGUGACUGUUUAAGUGUGUUAGAGUUUUUGUACACGGUUAGGUUUAGGAACUUUGAUUUUUAAGUUAACAAUACUUUCCAACUUAUGUCAAGUUAGUCUAUUUUUUUCUCGUCAUCAUACUCAUUGACAUUGACUGAUUCAUAGUAAUCUAAUUUUGUUAUUCUGAACGUCA